UUGCCACGGGUUUUUGUAGUUCGCAAACAUUGCUUCAAAAUAUUUUGUGAUGAUUUUGAAAACAGUAAAUGCUGGAGUACAAUGACGUGGGCGGUCACAUAUUUGGUUAACAGUAUCUUUGUAGGGAACAGUCUGUCAUCUGGGUGAAAAAGUAAUACGGAUGUCAUCGAUACACUUGUUUGAAAAAGGAAACGUGCGGGAUUAGAUGCCAGUGGAUGAAAAUUGCAGUAUAAGAUGUGAAAUACAAUGAAUGGUACGUGUGAAGAGAAUGGGAAAGAUAUGCGAGGCAAAAUUAUGGAUGAAAAUAUUGUGUCAGGAGGUUAUCCGCUGUGGUCAUUCAGUGGCACACUUUCCGAUUUCACUCAGAAUGGACAGGACAGGGAGCUUUUAAACCAAGAUGGAGCUAUUUCUAGCAAUUCUAUGGUCGAUGACUUGGUGGCAAAAAUAUUGGAUGAAGAGUCACUUGUGGGAACUAAUGGACUGAAGGAUACUUUCAAUGGGGAGCCCAGCUUAUACUCUCUUUACAAUGGCAGCUGUCUGUCAGCAGUUGACUGGAAUGAUCAAUACCAGAAUGGUAUGAAUGGUGCACAACUGAGUUUCCCAAAUAGCUUUAGUGCCCUCGAUGGGAUAAAACUUUCUGACUUGGAACUACAUAACUCACCUGGAACAAAAGAUUGUAAUAUUAACAAUGAAUUUCCAUGCAUAGAGCUCCCCAGACUAGACCAGUUGGAUUUUGAUUUAGGCAUACUGUCUCUCGAGGGGAAUGGUGUAAACCAGACUCAAGCUUUGUCUCUUCCUCCUCCUGCACACACUCGCUUACAGGCUGAAUCAUAUGCGACUCAAGGGUUACCAGAACAUCAACAUAACCAGGAAUCUCAUCAGAACUUCUGUCAUAUUGACCCUGGGAAAGAUUUAUCAUUAGGAAGUACAUUUACUGGAAAUACUCAGUUAUCACUAUUUUCUUCAUCUGACUCUACUCAACAAGAUACAGCAGCACAAUCGUUAACAAUUAAUGCUACAGAUCCUGUGAUAUAUGGCCAGGAUUUACCAAAUGAUCAGCAAAUGUAUAAUUAUGUUCAGUUGCUAACUAGAACUGGCAAACUAACAUUUGGACCAGGACAACAACAAGAAUGUUCAAGAUAUGGAAGACAGGGUAUUUCAUCAUUAGAAGCUAUUUCAGCAAGUAUAUCUCCAACUGUAAUUGACAAGAUUAAUCAGUAUCCAGCCAGUAGCAUAUCUCAAAUAGGAUCAAAUUAUGCUGCUAAGGAAGAACCUGUUAUAAGUAAUGAAGGUAACUUGACACAUCCAGAUCAUCAGGUCAGUUUGCCACUACCAAAAUUUAAAAAAGUUGUCCAUAAUGCUGCUCCUGACAUUAAGGAAGCUACUGGACAAACACCUUCAGCAUCAUAUUCUGCAAUUGGUUUUCCAAGGAAUCUGACAAGAGGAAAUGGAAACAACCAACAGGCAAUAUCUGUUGGCUGUGGCCCAGACUCGGGAGGCAACACGGGAUAUGUGUACAACAAUACAUCAAGAUUCGGUUCAAGUAACGCAGACAGAAAUGUUAAUUAUCGUUUAAAUGGCAAUGCAAAUGAUGCAGUAAUGAAAAAUGUACAAAGUAGUGGAAGUGGUGCAAGUCAUGUUACUUUGAACUGUGCAAGAAAUGCAUCAUUUUCCAGUUCUACUGCAAACUUCAACAGCUUGCUGACACAAUCUUCAGCAAUAGAAAAUGCAAACUAUUUAAAUACUGACAAUCGUGCAGCUAAUUUCCAUCCAUUCCAGUAUGGAAAUGCAUCUCUAACAUUGCAUCAAAUGAUUCCACCUCCACCACUGGAUGGAACAACGUAUCCUCCGGAAUUUUGCACUGAAUUGUUAAAAGCAAGGGCAAAUCUUGGUUAUCUUACCACAUCGGGACCUGUCGGACCAGAUGGGCUACCAGUAUUUGAUGUACCUGGAUUAUUUGGAAUUCCUUCACAUGUUUACGGUUUUCGAUCAGUUCGGCGAAGUGGACCCUCAAGCGAGCUUCAUCUGCGCUUAGAAGAGUGCUAUGAUCAAUUUAAGAGCUUGGAAAAGGAACGAAAGAAAACAGAAGCAGAUUUAGCACGGCACAACCCAGGGAAAAAAGUAUCUUCAGCUAAUAAUAUACCUGUACCUCGAUUACCACCAACACCUUCAAGAGUUGAUCGACUAAUAAUUGAUCAGCUUCGUGAACAUGCAAGGGUAAUAACACUCAUUGCAAAAAUGGAACGUCUUCGUGGUGAAGCUGUUCACUCAAAUAUUCAUGCAUCAAUGGAGGCAUGGCUGGAAGCAAUAAAAAAAGUACAGUCACGCCGUCGAGAUGAAAUAAUUAAUUCUACGAAUCGCCAUCACAGUUUUGUAGCAGGGAUUCCCACUCCACGAAUUCAAGAAGACAAAGAUAUUUUGGCACUGGCAGCCAGCAUUCAAGAGUUAAGCAUUGCUUCCAAGAAAGCUCGUACUGGUAUGUGGUGUGCCCUAGAAACAACACUUCUUAGCCAGGGCGAGAAAAGUGAUGAGGCUCUGCAAGAUACAGAUAAUAAUCCAGCAAAUACCGAUAUGAAGAAGUAAUAUAAAGUUUGUCUACACUGCUUUAAUCAGUCUGAUUUUGUAUCUGGAUAUGAUUCUUCUUGAAGUCUGUUCUAAGUUAUGUAAUUAUUUAUUAAUGUGCACAGUCUACAGACAAUCUUUUCAUGGUUUCUUUUAAACUGUAUAAUCUGAAAUACUCCUGACAGCCAAGGAAAGUCACUGUCAGAAUAUAUAAUGUUAAGUAAAUUUGCAGUAGCAUUUGUUCUACUGUGUUGUCAUAAUGCACUUUUAAUGUAGUGACACACAGUUUUCUUUGAAUUUUUGAUGUAAUUGUCUUCUAUUGCCUAUUGUGGCUGUCAGUGUAAAUCUUUCCUUAUUAUUCUGUCAUAAAUGUGACAGAUUGCACAAGAGUGUACAUUGCAAGAAAGUUACGUUUUUUUGUUAUCAUUCAACUGUUGAUCUACACAUGUAUAUAUUUUAUGUGUAUAUCAUUCUCAAAAUGACAUAAGUACUUUGGGUAACUAGUCAACUGUGGUAGUUUAUAAAAGCAUGAAAUGCUUGAACAUUCGCAAUACUGAACUGCCUGGCAGUAGGUGUAAGUAGUUGUUGUAUGGUCACUUUUUAUUAUUUUUGUCCUGUGCUAAAAUUUAUCAGUAAGACCUAGACCCACUCAAAAUCCAACAUAGGAGUAUAUAUUGUACAUGUAUUAUCUAUUGGUACUAUUGAAAGGCCAAAACCUUUAAAGCAUUUCAAAAAGUGUGCAUUGGAUGACUGAGUACUUACUUAUUGCCGGGCAGACUUUUAGAGAAGUUUUUGACUGUAUAGAGCGCUGUAUCAAAAUGUGAAAGAGAAGUGGCUCUUAGAUUGAAAUAAGUGUUUUGAUGGAAAAUGUUUCUUUUUACCAAAGUGUGUAGCUCUCUGGAUUCAUAGUUUUCCAUUAACUGCAGUUUCGUAUAGUGUUUUCUCGUAGAAUACAUGCUGUUUUAAAACUGGUGGUAUUGAAGUGGCAGCAGUGGCAGAGAAAUCAGGGAAUUCACAGUGGUUGACUGAUUUGAUGUGAUCUGUUUCCUUUAAGAAGAAUAACAAAGUAAUACUACUAAUGAUUAUUGUAAUAAUGCUUUGUCUAUGAAUAUUUUACGAAUGCACUUUUUGCUGUGGUAGCUUCUGCAGUCAUAUUGCUGAAAGACUGAAUCUCCCAUUUACAACUUUGCAUUAUCAUAUAAAAUUACAAAACUGCAGCCCAUUCUGUGAUUAAUGUUUUCAUGUGAAGGUUACUGACAGUUAUAGUACAGUUUGAUGACUAAAUGUCCAUAUCUUUUCUUUAUAAAAAGUAUUUUGCAUUUGAUUUAUUAUUGCAUAUUUAGACAAUCACUUGAACAGAAUGGUAAUGCAGAAAGUAUAUGUUUAGCACAAAAAAGUUUCUGUGUUAAUUUAUGUGCUCAAUAUAUUUGUCUUGCCAGUGAUUUCCUAAGAAACAAACUUGUCAAUUUAUAACCAAUGGUGCAGUUUCUGUGUGUAAUUAUAUAAAUAUAAACAUAUACAUAUAAUAUAUAUAUAUAUAUAUAUUUCUGUAGACCAAGCCAGGGAUGUUGCACUUCAGUAUUAUGCAUUAAGGAAUAAUCUUCACUCUUGCACUUCAUGCAUUGGAGGACACUUCAUAGAAAGGCUGAGAAAAAGUUACAUGCAUCAUUCAAUUUUUCCAUUCAUUUUUGGUGCUUCUCUCAGACAUUGCAAACUUUCUGAACUGUGAUAUAUUUAAAAUGCCAAUAAUGAUUCACUUUAAAAGUGUAAAUCUUUUGUCAUUCACUUCACAAUACCAAAAUUAUGUAUCUCAGUAUGUAUAGAUGGAAAUUUAGAUGUGAAUAAGCUAGAGGACAAUCCUAAUAUAAUGCAUGUGAUAAACUAUGACUUAAUGAGACCAAACUUACCAGACAAUUUAGAGUAGCAAAAGUGUAUUUUUUUUAAGAAGUGCAUGUAUGCUUCUUGUCUUUGUAAGGUGUAUUUUAACAUUGUUUUAAAUAUUCUUUCAGAUGUUUUAUAUGUAUUACUUCAUAUAGCCUUGUUAUUACUGCACCAUAUCAAUUUCAAAUACAGGUAUAAGCUUUGCAGUAAAGAGGAGAAAAGAAAUGAGUCAAAAUUGUAAUAAACUUUGUAACAAUGUCAUGUUAUUCUAAAACAGGUGAUCUGUUAGAAGACUUAGUGAUUGCCUCUGCCUUCUCUCGUAGCUAUUUCCAAGACACUAUUGUAUACUUUUAACUUUCAGAUUUGUUUCAAGUGAACCAUUGGGCAUGGCAGUGAUUUUAUUUUAUGAUUAUUUAUAAGAUUUUAAAUGAAGAAGCUUGCCUGACUUAUGUGGAAAUAAUUUUAAAGCAAUGUCAGAACAUAAAUAAAUUUAAUAUAGUGUGUUAUACAUCAGUCAAAGAUCCUGGCCUGAAACAUUAUACUCUAUUUUUGUGUCCUUUUUCUUUUGUAAAGCAGGCCUACUAAUUUUUGGAGGUUACGCAUGUAACCUUACAUGUUGAACAGUGCAUUUUGAAAACACACUCAUGAAGUUAAACAUUAAGUAAUAUGUGCGAAUUAAGCAAUGUUUAACUCCAGUAGUCUCUCACUUUUUAUUUUUAUUUUUCCUGAGGUGCUUCCAGUUAUAUAUGUAAUGCUAUUUUUGGCCUAACUUGUUUGUGUUGUUAACACUUAAUCAGUAUUCUUUAUGUAUUUUAUACACAUAAAAAUGUACAAAGCUAACAUUAAAUUUUUUUGUUGUGUAGUGAUGAUUUUCCAAGUGCCACUGCUUGUUACGUUAGUGUAUUGUUUGUUUCCUCCGCCUCCAUGACCAAAGGUUCAAGUUGCAAAUGCUUGCAAUAGUAUUUAAAGAAAGAAAUAAGUGUAGUAUUCAGUUAAUGAAGUUAUUUUUGUCAGCAGUUUUAUAAAAAUGACCUCCAAAUGUUAAAUGUGCCAGUCCCAUUUUUGCAAAACUAGUGGAAUUUGGUUUUUGAUAUUAAGCAUAAAGGCAAAUUUUGUGAUCAUUCCUUUGUAUAGUGGGUAUAGAUGUGCUAUUAUAUUUUUAACAAGCAACCUUCCAUGGGAUUCCAUAGUUCACUACACUUCAAAUAGUUUUGAUCGGCUAGAUCUAAUCCUUGUGUUAAUGUACCUCAGAUUGGGAAUAGAGGAUGAAAAAUCCAGUUUUAUAAUAUUCGUCCAUAAUCUCUGUGUAAUUAAGAGAGUAAUUUUUUUUAAUGUUGAUGCUAAGAUGUCCCCUUUUUUGUAAUAUAUAGUUACCGUAUCAUUUAUAUAAAUGCUGUCGUUCCAUGGUAAUCUUUCAUUUGUUUGACUCUUAGGAGUGUUUUCUUCACUGACUUACGGUUGUGAUUAAUUAUUGAGAAAUAUGGUAGUGGUGCCAAGCUUAUUGUAUCUGAAUAAUAGCAAGUUUAGAGCAUUCAGAAUGUUUUGGAGCUUGCUAAAAACUUGAAUAGAAUUUCCUAUUGAUGUUGAAACUGCCAUUAGGCUAAGUUCAUUGUGCCUCCUCUAGAAACAUACACUGUGUAUUUUGUUGAAAUCUUAAUGUCGGUGUGCAGUUGUAUGUGUUUGGGUACUCAUUGAUACGCUUGUCUAAAUCCUCCCACAUUGUCCAUGAAUCCUUUUCGUGAUGUGUUACAUAUUCCCUUCUGCACUCGCACAAUCUCAUUACCUUACAGUUAUUUAAAUACUAAUUAAAUGGGCUGUGGUAGUUUAAUAUAUUAAAUGUGGGUGAUAACACAAUUUCUAGAAGAGUAUUUGAUUCACAGAUAUUGAAUAAGAUAUUUUAGAUUAGUAAUGAAUGAGUAGAUUAGUGCCAUGUUGUUUUGGGCUGGACCAGUAGUUAGUAAGAGGUGCUCAUGUUACUUAAAGCUGUAAAUGCGUAACAGUAGGUAACAUAGGUAGUGAUGUGAUUACUACAGUAAAUGUCGUCUUGCUGCAUCAAUGUAAUUGAUGAAUAAUAUUUGCUACUGGUCACUUUCUAAUAUUCUAACUGAAGACUCUACUGUUUCACGGUGUCUUUACUUCAGGUGUGUUAAUGAGAAUUUGGGUUUUAUGAGACAUAUUGAUAUCAUUAUAUGAUGUGUAAUGCUGUUGUUUACAUGUUUCUUGCAUAUCUGUAUUAAAGGUACUGUGGCACUUGUUGGUGACAAUACAUGUACUGGAACUGUAGUGUUGUUAGUUGAUUGUUGUUUGUUGUUAAAUGGGAUAAAGCGUAAUAUAAACCUGAUUUUUAAAAGAUAUACUGGAUGACAUUCUAAUGUUUAUUUUUUGUGUUUAAUUUAUUGUUUAUUUAUUUUACUAAAACCUCCUGAACAUAUCAGGGUUUCAAGAGCUUGUAACCUUAGAAUUCUUGCAUUUCCAAAAAGAAUAAUGUUGGCAGAUAUGCUAGUAUGCAGGAUUAAUCUGCUUGAAUCUUUUGUGUGUGUAGAAUACUUUUAGAGUACAAAAUGUGACUAGUUAAUUAUCUUUAAAAUGAUAGUAUAUGUUAGCAAGGGGAGUGGAAUUUUUGAUUCAUUGAUGGCAUUGUUCAUUCUGUUAUCAGAAUGUUGCUGUUCCAUAUAAGUAAUAUUUAUAAGAAUUGAUGUAUCAACAGACUGUAUAGCUAUUAAAAUUUAUUGUAUUGACUUGCACAAGUGUAACCAUUAAUAGAACCUGCAGAUUUUGUAUAACACGUUAGUCUCAUAUAUUUGAAACAGUUGUACCAUGUGAUAAAAUUGUAAAACAUUAAUUUAUAGAUGUUGGUGUUGAUAAUAUAUUGCAUUUUGCAGUUGUUUCAGUUUUUGAACAAGUUUAAGCUAAUAUUAGUGCUGUGAAAAAGCACUUGGAUGUUUGGGAUCUGAUCCGUUUUUUUAUUAUUUAGCUUGCCACUCCCCUUAAUGAAAAUUUUUGUCAUAUUUAUGAUAAUGUAACUGUCUGAAAUGCUAUCCUAUGGUGUUGUAUUAUGUAUUCAGGAAAAACCAAAAUAAAGAUUUGUGAUUGACAUGUAGUGCCAAAUAUUCUCCAUCAUCUUAAGAAAGUUACAAGGGAAUAAUAAGUGAUCACUGAGUACUUGCAAAAUAACUAAAACAGUCAUGUUUGAAUUUUGCAGAGUACAAAGAGACAGAGAAUCAAUGGCAUGAAAUUUAUUGUAGUAGCCAUAAGUCACAGAAUAGCAAGAAUAUUUUUCCUCUUAUAUAUUCUUGAACAUUGGUACUAAUGUAUUUGUUAAAAUGAGAAUUUUUUCCUGGGCUGUAAUCAUUUAUCCAGAUCCAUCAUUUAAAUUCACCUACUGCCAUGUUAAAGUGUUCAUUUCCCCACAUGUUAAAAUUUAUACUACAGAUCAAACACAAAGCAAGGCUGAAUAUAACAAGUUUAAAAUAGCACAUUAUAAAUGUUGUAAAUGUUUUUAAUUGUGAGGUAUCAUAGUUUCCUACUUGCAUUUCAGACUUGUAUAUUAUCAUAACAUAUGCACCUGUGGACUUCUGUAAUUCCUGUGACAUAGGCAUAUCUUAGUCAUUUGUAAAAUGAAGCAGGAAUAUUGUGAGAGUGUUUUGAUUCUUUAGAAAGUCUAGAGUGUGUAGUUGGAAAUAGAGAUCACAAUAUUUAAUGACAGCUUUGAGCUAUGAUGUUAGUUGCUGUACUCAAGCUGUCAGACUUCCUACAUCAUAUCAGUUGUUCGUGGGUCUUGAACUUCUGUAAAUGUCAAAAUAAAUGUUAGAUUUGUGAUGUUGAAUUCCGUCUGAGCUUAACCUAUUUAUGAAGUUUUAAUUGUAACAUUCUUUGUUAAUAACAUCAGAUUUUUAAUAUAUUUUGCAGAUUUUAUUUUCAUACAUGUUCUCUUUAUUAUGCAGUUUGUUAAAUAAGUUGUUAUUUAUAUUGCAUAUUGUUAAUGUGCCCAUGGCUAUCAGUGUGCUUUCUUGGAUACAACAGUAAUACUCAUCUUUUUUCUGGUCGCAGUUUAUUCUCUGUGUCAGUUGCUUAUUAUGGCAUAAUCAAUAUGGAUCUAGUUGAUGGGCAAUAUGGGGUUUAAAAUACACUAUGCCUAAAAAUGACUUGGUACUAUCUUGUAAAUUACAUUAAAUAAUUCUUUUUUUCAUAUUUUAGUGAUUACAUACAAUAGGUUAUUAAAAACAGUGAACACACUACUCACUUCUUCAAAGGAGGCCCAUGUUAAACACUCCCAGUAUGUAAUAGAACGAAUACCAGCAAGAAAGGGAAUAAAACCGGCACUUCAAUUUUCUUUUAUUCUCACAAACCAGACAGAGAAUUCUUUUCCAAAAUGGAGUGUUAUUAGUGCAGUACAAUCUAGUCUCAGAAUUUAGUACUUUUGAUACCUAUCUCUGGGACUACUACACAAUAUAAAUAUUAAAAUGUUUUGUUCCUUGUCUUCCUGCUGUGUCUUAUGAUGCUUUAUCAGUACUACAGGUAGCUCUGUAGUUCAAAAUGAAAAAUGAAUUUAUUAUACCCUAAAGACUGAAAAUGUGAUGUUAUUGUGAGAUAUAAGUAACAUAUUUGUCCUUUGAUAUUUGUUUCAUCAUUAUCUGAUGUUGAAAACAAAGAAUGUACGUUAACUUUUGUGAAACUGUUUCGGUCUUGAUACAGCUUUUUAUCGUAAUAUCAGGUAUUGUCCUGUAAGAAACUGGAUGAUGUAGUUUUGUCUUUGAUGACAACAAUCUGAUUAAAGGGAAUAGAAACUGACAAGGCAGAAACAGUUGAAUGAAUUGUAUAUUGACAAAGAGCUUCUACUUAAUUCAUCUCAAACAAUAUAUUUAAUGUGGUGUUAACUAAUUAGCCUUCUCAGUAUAUGAAAAGCCUGUCAUGUUGUUGGACAGUAAAGAAUCAUUAUAUCAUUUUAUUUCUGAAAUAUAUGUUAAUACAAAAUGUUGUAUUGAUUUUUAAGUAUCAUUGUUGAAAAUGCAUUUUCAUGGGUCCAAUUGAACUGCUGCAUUAUUCAUUUAGUUGCCAUGCAAUUUUCAAACCAUACCAUGUUAAUGAGUUAAAGAAAUACAAGUGUAUUACAUUUUCAGCUAAUGUAUGUUAUUAAAUACUAUAAUCAAUAUAUUUUAAAAUUGGCUUACUUAUUUAAAAAUGAAACUACAGAGAUUUAGUGAUUUUAACAAAGUUAUUUUGUAUGUGUUAUGGGCUUACAAAACAGCAUUUGAAGUGAUUGUGAUUGAUCUUGAGAUAAAGUGAACUAAAUUAGUAGGCAAGAAUUUGCUUACAUUUUUGUGCAAUGGUUUAAAGUGUCCUUUUCGUGUGAGAAUUUAAAAUAAAUUAUCAAUUUAAA